CGGGAUUGGGUAUACCAGUGCGGACAGUGAAUUGGUUUUGUGUACACUGGUCCAGAAUGCGUCCAAAAUUAUAUUUUUUUUUUUUUGAGGGGGGGGGUGCGUUUGUUUUAAAGGGUAAGGGAGGGUGCAAGUGAACUUGCAUGAAAGGCAAGAACGUUUGCAAGGCAGCCGCCGGUGGGUCCGCUGAUGGUCACCUUUAAAACCGGGGGGAGGCGGGGUCACCCGUCGAAGCGGCCGUCUUCCCUUUCAGCGAAGACGCGGAGCGGCCCACCCUUCCUUCCCCGGCGCCCUUCUGCUGCCUGACAGGCGAGCCGAGCGCACCCCUGACUCUGGGAGCUCCGGCGUGCGGUUUGGGGGAAGAUGGCAGAGCGGCAGCAGCAGAAGCACGAAGGCAGGGUGAAGAUCGGCCAUUACAUCCUCGGCGACACGCUCGGAGUGGGGACCUUCGGCAAAGUAAAGAUUGGAGAACACCAGUUGACGGGCCAUAAAGUGGCGGUGAAGAUCCUGAACAGGCAGAAGAUCCGCAGUCUGGAUGUGGUGGGCAAAAUCAAACGGGAGAUCCAGAAUCUCAAACUGUUUAGGCACCCGCACAUCAUCAAACUAUACCAAGUGAUAAGCACGCCAACAGAUUUCUUCAUGGUCAUGGAGUAUGUGUCUGGCGGAGAGCUCUUUGACUACAUCUGUAAACAUGGACGGGUGGAGGACACGGAGGCCCGCCGCCUUUUCCAGCAGAUUAUCUCGGCCGUAGACUACUGCCACCGACACAUGGUGGUCCACAGAGACCUCAAGCCCGAGAACGUCCUGUUGGAUGCCAGCAAGAACGCCAAGAUCGCUGACUUCGGUCUGUCGAACAUGAUGUCUGACGGCGAGUUCCUGAGGACUAGCUGUGGUUCGCCCAACUACGCCGCCCCAGAAGUCAUUUCGGGAAGGCUGUACGCGGGCCCGGAGGUGGACAUCUGGAGCUGCGGCGUGAUCCUUUACGCGCUGCUGUGCGGCACGCUGCCCUUCGAUGACGAACACGUGCCCACGCUGUUCAAAAAGAUCCGAGGCGGCGUGUUCUACAUCCCCGAGUGCCUGACGCGCUCGGUGGCCUCGCUGCUGAUGCACAUGCUGCAGGUGGACCCCCUGAAGAGAGCCACCAUCAAGGACAUCAGGGAGCACGAGUGGUUCAAACAGGAUCUGCCGGGCUACCUGUUCCCGGAGGACCCGUCGUACGAUACCACGGUCUUGGACGAGGAGGCCGUCAAAGAAGUGUGCGACAAGUUUGAGUGCAACGAGUCCGAGGUGGUCUCCAGCCUCUUCAGCGGGGAUCCGCAGGACCAGCUUGCGGUGGCCUAUCACCUCAUCAUCGACAACCGGCGCAUCAUGACGCAGGCCAGCGAGUUCUACCUGGCCUCCAGCCCGCCGCAGGGGUCGUUCAUCGAGGAGGGCAUGCCGCUGCCGCCGGGCGUCAAGCCGCACCCGGAGCGGAUGCCGCCGCUGCUGGCCGACAGCCCCAAGGCGCGCUGCCCCCUGGACGCCCUCAACACCACCCGACCCAAGCCGCUCGCCGUCAAGAAGGCCAAGUGGCACCUGGGCAUCCGGAGCCAGAGCCGGCCCUAUGACAUCAUGGCCGAGGUUUACAGGGCCAUGAAACAUCUGGGCUUUGAUUGGAAGGUGGUGAACCCGUACCAUCUGCGAGUGCGCAGGAAAAACCCAGUGACGGGCAACUUGGUGAAAAUGAGCCUGCAGCUCUACCAAGUGGACAACAGGUCCUACCUCCUCGACUUCAAGAGCAUCGACGAUGACAUCGAGCCGAUGGGCUUCAAGUCGGGCUCGUCCACCCCCCAGCGGUCCGGCUCGACGGCGGGCCUCUACCGGCAGCGCCUCAGCAUCGACUCGGCGAGCCAGGUCGGCGAAAUGCCUCCGCUCAGCUCAUCCCUGCCGGGUUCGCUGUGCGGCAGUUCGCCCGCUCUCGCCCCGCGCCAGGGCUCGCACACCAUGGACUUCUUCGAGAUGUGCGCCAGUCUGAUCACCACGCUGGCCCGCUGAGAGGAGUGGACGGUCAAGAAGGAGUCAGGAAGACAAUCUGGGACUUGGCGCCAAAAGCAACCCGAUACCGGGACAGGACAGAGGGGGAACCAGAAAAUCUUCGCUCGGCAAAAUGGCAAAGGUGAAAAAAAUUACUCACAAUCCCGUUU